AAACGGUAAAACACCAACAAGGUAAGGUAUGUAGGUCAAAUUGAGCGAUGCUGUAAAACCCUUUUUGCCUCUCUAAAUUGAAUUGAAUGUUGAAUGAAGGGAGUGAGGGUUCUUCUCAGAGCUAUUAACAGAAGCCGAAACUUCAGCAGUCGAACAACACCCUCUCAAUCGCAGUCCCAGUCCCAGUCGCAGAUCCUGCUGAUGGAUUCAUCUGAACGUUACUGCUACAACCCCACGUUGCGCUGGAAUCCUCAAGUGGAAGAGUAUUUCACCAAUGCUUAUGGAGCAGAAGUCUUUUCUCGCAUUUCCAAAGCACUAACGCGGCCCUCUUGUUACUCUUGUAUACGUGUAAACACACUGAACACAACAACCGAAGCUGUCAUUGAGAAGAUUCUGGAAAUUCAAUGCGAGAAGAGGCUGCAAGAUACUGUAAAGAAUGGUCCACAUGAUAUUCAGUAUGAUUAUCAGCAAGACAGACCUCCUAAGGAGAUAAUUGUCAGCCGUAAGUGUGCAGAGGCAGUUCUUCGAGGUGCUCAGGUAUAUGUUCCAGGUAUACUAGCAUGCAGUGCUCAUGUUGAGAAAGGGGAUGUAGUUGCAGUUUCAGUUGGUGUUGAACAGCCUAGUCGUGACAAUGGAUGGGCUAUUGGAAUCACACGUGGCAUUGUCCUACAAGGACUCAAAACAGAUCCUCAAUAUCUUGAAAGAGAUGGAUUAUAUAUUGGUCAAGGAAUCACAACCAUGUCAAGGGCAGGAAUUUUUCGUGGAUUAUCAGGUCUUGGUGUGGAUAUGACUGAUAGAGUUUUUAGAUUAACAUCCUUUAAUGAUGUGAUGAAGGGGGACAUAUUUCUUCAAAACCUGCCAAGCAUCAUCACUGCACAUGUCUUAGAUCCGCAACAGGGAGAAAGAAUAUUGGACAUGUGUGCUGCCCCUGGUGGAAAAACAACUGCAAUCGCUUCCCUUAUGAAAGAUAAAGGAGAGGUGAUUGCAGUUGAUAGAUCUCACAACAAGGUGCUUGAAAUUCACAAUCUGGCUGCAGAAUUGGGGUUGACUAGCAUAAAAGCGUAUAAGUUAGAUGCCCUAAAAGCUGUUUGCGAAAAUAAUUUAAUGACACAAAGUUGUGGUCAAAGUCAAACCAGUCAAAGUGAAGCCACUGAAGAGGCAGAGUCAAUGAGUUGUGACACCAAAGAUUUACCGAUUUUGGAGAAAGUUAAUAAUAAUAUUACAAAGGAUGAGGGAAUGAAAGUAGGUUGUUAUAAAAGUAAAGCAGAGGAAAGGAAAGAAAGAAGAAGGAUGAAGAAUGGGCCCGGGAGAAACCAAUCGACAGGUGGCAGGGUGGAUAAAUGUGAAGGCUUUUUGCCAAACAGUUUUGACAGAGUGCUUCUUGAUGCUCCUUGUUCUGCUCUUGGAUUGAGACCCCGCUUGUUUGCUGGAGAGGACACGGUGGAAUCAUUGAGAAGACAUGGGAAGUAUCAGAAACGAUUGUUUGAUCAGGCUGUUCAGCUGGUUCGCGCGGGUGGAGUUCUUGUAUAUUCCACAUGCACGAUAAAUCCAGGCGAAAAUGAGGCAUUGGUUCGUUAUGCUUUGGACACAUACAAGUUUCUUUCACUAGCUCAACAGGAUCCAAGAAUUGGUGGACCUGGUUUGGUUGGUCAUUGUGAAUUAUCCAAUGGAUAUUUUGAGGAAUGGUUGAGAGCUGGUGAGGAAGAUCUUGUCCAGAGGUUUGAUCCUUCGGGCCCACAUGAUACAAUUGGAUUUUUCAUAGCCAAAUUCACAGUUGGCCCCAAAGAUUAGCUGUAGAAUUUUAAAUUUUUGUGACCGACUGAUUUUUCAUAGCCAAAUUCAUAGUGAGUAUUGAAUUAUAGAUUAAAGUCGUUGGGGCUUCAUGUUCUUAAGGGCUAAUUAUAUAUUAAUUUAUGCAACAAAGUUAUUACUUACCGUUUAAU